GUGCGUUUUGGUAAUACUGAAGAGCGAAGAAUCAUUUGCUUUGCUUGUCUGGUAAUUCAACUGAUUGGUUUUCGCAAAUUCGAAUGGGUGGUUUCAAUUUCACAAUCGCACGCCAGAGCAGAAGAGCUAGAUAGAUAGUCUCAGUCUCUGUCUGAGCCUCCGCCUCUGCCUCCACCUCCGCGUGGUAAUGAGAACUCACAAAGCAGCGUCGAGUAACAACAUCAACAGGCGGCCCACUGUUCUAUAUCUGGUUUGCGCUGCCGCAUUCUUCUCUGUUAUCCUUUUCGGCAUCCAAUCUUCUUUAUUCACAGGUAAUCAGAAAUUAGAUCUCGAACAACAAGAUGUUCGAAUUUUAUCGGAAUUUCAGUCUACUGUAAAGCAAUGCGUGGCAAACAGAGGGCUCGGUCUCACUGCACAUAUUAUUGACCAUUGCAGCUUGACUCUGAAGUUCCCCGAAGGAACUAACAGCACCUGGUAUAAUGAGCAGUUUAAAACUUUUGAAGCACUGGAGUACAAUUAUAAUGUUUGUGAGGCAAUUUUAUUGUGGGAGCAGUACCGGAACAUGACGACAGUAUUGACAAGGGAGUAUCUAGAUGUUCGACCUAAAGGGUGGGAGGAGUAUGCAGCACAAAGGAUAGCACAAUUGGGAGCUGAUAAAUGCUACAAUAGGACACUUUGUGAGGAACACCUUAAUUUGAUACUUCCAGCAAAGCCACCUUUUCACCCUCGGCAAUUCCGUACGUGUGCAGUUGUUGGAAAUUCAGGAGAUCUUUUGAAGACGAAGUUUGGAAAGGAGAUUGAUAGUCAUGAUGCUGUUAUAAGGGACAACGAGGCUCCUGUUAAUGAGAAAUAUGCCAAGUAUGUUGGUCUGAAGAGGGAUUUUCGCCUUGUUGUAAGGGGUGCGGCUCGUAACAUGGUUGCCAUUCUAAAUGGGUCUGCUGAUGAGGUACUUAUAAUCAAAAGUGUUACGCACAAAUCCUUUAAUGCAAUGAUCAAGAGAAUUACAAAUCCAGUUUACCUUUUCCAAGGUAUUGUGCUCCGCCGAGGUGCCAAAGGAACUGGAAUGAAGUCUGUAGAAUUAGCACUUUCUAUGUGCGACAUUGUUGACAUAUAUGGUUUCACUGUUGAUCCUGGAUAUACUGAAUGGACACGUUACUUCUCUACACCUAGGAAAGGGCAUAAUCCACUUCAAGGGAGGGCAUACUACCAGCUCCUAGAGUGCCUUGGUGUUAUCAGAAUCCAUUCUCCCAUGAGAUCUAAGAGGAAGCAAGAUUGGUCAGAUGUGCCAAGUCGAGAAAUGAUAGGCAGAGCUCAUGCAGCAGCCUUGCGAUUAAAGAGGAGUCAAGCUGGUCAGGCUGGUGAUUUGGGACAGUUUGGUAGUUGUAAGGUGACGGGCAAUGUGGACCCUGACAACAUUGGGCCUGUCUCAGGAUCUCCAGACAUGAGUGAUGUAAGAAAGAAUUCAAAUUACAAUAAAUGGGAAGUCUUGCCUUUCAAGAGUCUGAGGAAGGAAGCACAGGACCACUUUAUCGAAAUGGAAGGUGCUUCUCUAUACAAAAUGGAUGGCAAUAAGUUGGAUGACCUAGUAUGUGUGAGGCAUUCCUUAAAGUCAGAGGUCUAGCUGAGAACUAUCUUGUGUUGAUUCUUUAUGGUCGGUCUUAAUCAGACUUUGGUUGGUUAAGAGCAGAGCCAGCCGUGCAUUCCCACUUUCUCAUUGUCUUGUGGAAUUUUCAGUGAGAUGGACUUCUUUCACAGCUCCGCUUGUGCACCACUCUAGUUUAUCAUUUUAAUGAAUAUGCUGGGAUCAGUAGCAGUGACAUGGGAGGAAUCACAGCCUGCCAUACGCAGUGGGAAAGACAUCAUCAGCAAUACACUGUUUGAAUGCUUAUCUAUACUCUAGAGAUUUUUGGAACUAGAAAGAUGUAUGGAAACACAGAUAUGCAUGUAUGAGGCUUAAUUGAUGUUUAUAAUAGAUAUUCUUUUUAGUACACAUUCAGAAUCUAACAGAGGCAUGUAAACUGAUUUGAUCUCAUUGACAUUGUGUAUGGGUGGCUGGGCCGGUUUUCUAA